AUGCCACGGGAAUCACCACCACCACUUUGCGAGUCUGGCAGAGAGAAGCAAGAGCAGAAGGAAGAAUUGUGCCCGGAGAUAACAGAACCAGUGACCAGUGGAGUAGCGCAGACAAGUUCAGGAUAGUGCUGGAGGCAGCAGGUUUAAGCGAAAGUGAACUCUCUGCUUACUGCAGAAGAAAAGGUAUCUAUCUGGAACAAGUCAAAGAAUGGCGUCUGGCUUGCGAGCAAGCCAAUGAACCAUUGGUGCAGACCAGGCAGAGCGCUAGUCAAACCAGACGCAUCAAUGAACUUGAACGUGCGCUGA